GGAGAACACUAAUCGGAAUGCUAAGAAAAAGGUGUCAAAAUUAUUAUCUGUAUAUGAUAUGAGUUUUAAUACUACUGAAGUGAUGCGAUUCAAGGAUAAAUUGCGAUGGAAAGCGGAAGAAGAGGAACACAGGGUGGCGUUGAGAAUGAAGGCAGUCUCCACUUGUACAAUUGAAGAUUUGAAGCACUUGAAAGAGAGAAGUGUGGACAAAGAAGUUCACAGAUUAGACUUAGAUGAUGAUAAUGAG